CAGACGGGGGUCGCGCACCCCCUCCAAGGAAGUCGCGGUGAAGUACGUUGUCCAUGUGGUUGGGUGUGUGAACCGUCGACGUUGCGCCCCAGGACCACCCGGUGGCUGGACAGGUGCAUCGCGGCGCACGGCAGGCCCUCCGAGCAGAACCUGUUCCCGAUCGUGCAGGGCGGCCUGGACCCGCAGCUGAGGCGCGAGAGUGUCCGCCAGCUGACCGAACGCCAGGUGCCCGGCUUCGCCAUCGGCGGCCUCAGUGGCGGCGAGGACAAGUCGCACUUCUGGCGGAUGGUGACCAUUUCGACGGACGGUCUGCCGCGCGACAAGCCGCGCUACCUGAUGGGCGUGGGCGUUGCCACCGAUCUGGUGGUGUGCAGUGCGCUGGGCUGUGACAUGUUCGACUGCGUCUACCCAACCCGCACGGCGCGUUUCGGCUGUGCUCUGUACAAGGGCGGUCAGAUCAACUUGCGGCAAGCGGCCUACGAGCGCGACUUCCGGCCCGUCGACGAGCAGUGUCCGUGCAGCACGUGUGCGCGCUACACACGCGCUUACCUCCAUUCCGUGGUGACGGUCGAGACGGCCGCGUGCCACCUGCUCACCGUCCACAACGUGUGCUAUCAGCUGCGUCUGAUGGAGUCGCUGCGCCGAAGCAUCCUGCAGGACCGGUUUCCGCAGUUCGUACGUGCCUUCAUGGAGCAGGCGUACCCGGACGGCGACUACCCGCACUGGGCACUGGAGGCCCUCGCUUCCGUCAACAUUCACUUGUGAUGCAGGGGCUGUGGAGACAAUACAUAGCGACUUAUGACUUG